GUAUUUGUAGGUAGGUCAUUCUAAGUGGUGUAGGUGUUGGUUGUAAUAAAUAAUUUUGCUUAAUGUGUAUGCGUGAUAAAAGAUAUGUACAUACAGUAAUUAGUAAUACAAUUUAAACAGUAAACGUAUCAUAAUGAUGGACGGAAAUGAUUUAUCAUCAGAAACAUCAAGAAAGAGUAUUAUUUCGCAAGCUUGGACACGUAUUUCACAGAUUUAUCAAGGCACCUUAGACAGAUGGACUCCAUAUACAAAAGGAAGAUGGAUUGGCAGUAUAUUCCUCUUAUUAAUAUUUUUGCUUAGAAUAUUUACAAAACAAGGUUGGUAUAUAGUAACUUACGCCCUUGGAAUCUAUCACUUGAAUUUAUUCAUAGCAUUCCUGACACCAAAAAUAGAUCCAGCGAUGGAUUUUGAUGGUGAAGAUGACAAUGGCCCAGCUCUACCGACGAGAGCCACGGAAGAGUUUAGGCCUUUCAUACGGCGGCUGCCGGAGUUUAAAUUUUGGCUGUCCGUAACGAAAAGCACAGUAAUUGCAUUCUUUUGCACAUUCAUUGAUGCAUUUAAUAUUCCAGUAUUUUGGCCAAUAUUGGUCAUGUAUUUCAUCACCCUAUUCUGUAUCACAAUGAAGAGACAAAUUAAGCAUAUGAUCAAAUACCGGUAUUUGCCGUUCACUCAUAGUAAGCCAAAGUAUAAAGCUGUGGAUUCAACAGUAACUAUAAACUGACGACUUACCUACCUACAUAAUAUGUAAAAAUUGAAAACGGGAAGGAGUCAUAGUUAAAUUAACUUAAAACUGUUGUAUGUUUCUAGAAAUACAGUUUUUAUUAUGAUGUUU